GCGGGUGGUGCAGUGGGAUAUCCACAUGUCAAUUGCCAAGUGGACUCGGUAACAGCAGCAGAAGGUUCGACAUCCCUAUAAGGUUGCGAAUUUGCCAAUGGAGGAUACAAACAGGAUGGUGCUCAUUAUGUACUUCGAAGACGGGGAUUACCAUCGGAAUACAAUUCCUUUGUUUGAAGAUAUCCAACCGACAGGGCCGUCUUCUAGUUCCUUAGCAACUGAUAUUUCAACACUUGCGAGGCGAGAGCGAAAGCCGAAGUUGCUGACGGACGUAGUAGAGAAGAACUUUCAGCCAACGAAGUGGAAAAUGGCAGGCAUGGAGUCGAAAAAGAAAGUAGUGUACGAAGGAAUGGAGAGGGAGACGAACUCAAUGGUAGAGACGCUGGAGCAAUUCUGCCCAGUGGAUGAAGCUGUUGUGUUUCUGGGAAAGGGUCAUGCAGCAUUGGUGUGGGAGCUGUUGAAAAGUAAUCGCCAUUGCGUAGUCUUAGAAGGCGAGGACAUGAAGUUCGACUUCCUUGUGCAAUUCGUGAACAAGAUGGUCGACACUCGAGAAUAUCAUGCGAAAUUCAUCAAGCCACCACCUUGCCAUGACGAAGCUCGGGAUUUCGUGCACAAGGUGGGUCAAAAUAUGCCGAACAUCUGGCAGUUCCUUUUCGAGAUGCGGCCAGAGAAUAGGGGAGACCGUGCGUAUGUUACUCGCAGGCGGAAAGUUGAGACUUCACUACGAGGUUAUCAUAAAGCGUCUUCAGACAAGGAGGUUGCAUUCCUUGACCGGUUGGAAAUCAUGUACUUUGAUCAAGGAAUCGGUGCUUUCACGCUCACUGCGUACGCGGCUUCCUUUCCAGACGGGGAACAGUUUGACGCUGAUGACUCAGAAGAGGAAAGUGUUGAUGGUACUUUGCAAGCGGCCUUGGCAAGUGAAAGGCAAAAGGCAAGUACCACGUCUUCUCACAAGAUGGCUAUAACAGGGACGUCAUCAGGGACUCCUUCAAUUGGGACUUCUGGUGUCGUGCCUGCCGGUGCAAUAACUCUUCCACUAACUACACCUCCUGCCAGCACCGCCGCUUUGACAACAAGAGUGUCAUCAUCUGUAGGAUUGAUGUCCGAUCAAGCGACGGCCUUGAGAACUCUAUACAACUGGUAUAUUGAAGAGGGCAACGACACCGGAGCGGAAAAGGGACAAGGCCCUGGUGGUGGACCGAGUGGAGAGGGAGCUGAACAUCCAAGUAGUGACGACGGAGGAUAUGAUAAGGGAGGGAGUGGUGAGGGUGGAGGGACAUCAGAAAUGCCUAGGUCCAGUCAACCAACAAGUGCCGCUACAGAAGGGCAACCAAAUCGUCAGCACGAAGGAAGCGGCCGUCCUGUAGAAGGAUAUACAAACAUUGGUGGUUUGCCGCAGAUGAAACUGUCCACUGCAGUGGCACAAGUCGACGAAGGAUGUGAAGGUGGACUAAGUGCCACCACAACACUCACAAGUGCCAUUGUGACAGAUGUUAUAUGGAGUGAUACCAAUGGUGCAAGUGUCUUUCCAGUCGGCGAGAACGCCAAAAUUGGUAGCCCGCACGACCAUAUGUGGGAGUCAAUGGAUAUUUUGUCAUGCGGGUUGAAAAGUAAAGGGCGACUUAGGACAUCAAUGGAUGAAACCAUGUUUCUGGGGGAGACGGAAACGCAGGGCGAGCCUCACACUCCAUUCGAUGAAGAGACACUCAGAGGCGAUUUAGAAUUUCCUACAGAAUUUCGAAGUUCGCUAACAACGGAAAAGGCACGACGAGGGUCUCAGGAGGCGCGUACUGUAUGCGGAACAAUGGAGGAAACCAUGUUUGUGGGGAAGAUGGAACCGGUGGUCGAGCCUAACAGUCCAUUGGAUGAAAAGACCCCUGGCGGCGACUCCGAUAUUCGUAUCGGAUUUCGAAGUCUGUCAGAGAAGGCACAAGGAGAGUCUCAUGAUUCGCCUAUUAUAUCCAUUACUGCUGGGAGGAAAAACACUCUUGAGGGACUCGUGGGGAAAGAAACAAUCCAAGCAUCUGACAUCGAAGAGGAUGAAGGACAUAUUGUACUGACUACUCCAGAGCAACAUACACCUGUAGAGGAAGGACAAAAGAAUACACUUGAACCUUUUGUACAACAGUUGAGCCCAUAUGUUCAAGUGAUAACCAUCGAAGAAUCCCUUGUAACAUCAAGACAGUUGGGAGGUUUUGCAUCUUUGCUUGCGAAAUGUCGCUUUCCACCAUUCGAUUUCUCGCAAGAUGACAUCCCAUAUAUGAGGCAUAAAAUUGCAUUCGACAUUUUAUCGAUGGUCGAGCAUGAGUGAACACUCCAGAUACAUAGAGUAUGAUAUCAUUCAACACUUUGUUGAUGGUUAAUAACAGUUUCAAGUGGUGUGUGUCAUUCAACACUUUGUUUAUGGUUAAAAAUGUCAUUGAACACUUUGUUGAUGGUUAACAAUAUUUUCUAUGGUUGAUAUUGCUUUCCACAAUUUUAAUAAGUUAUUUAACAAAAAGUUCUCACCAUC